GUGGAGGAGCGAAGGGCGAGGGAACGCGAGGACGAGAACGUCGCGCGCGCGUCGCGAGCGGCUCGAGAAAUCCGAGCGACGACGAACGACGACGACGACGACGACGAUGACGACGAACGGUUGUGUAGGAUAUGUUUUUCGGGUGAGGAUGGCGGACGGUUGUUUUCGCCGUGCCGGUGUCGAGGUUCGAUGGCGUUGGUGCACGUGGAGUGCCUGAACGAGUGGAGAAACCUCAGUCGAAAUCCUCGGAGCUUUUACGGCUGCGAUCAAUGCGGAUAUCAGUACAAUCUCGAGCGCACGAGAGCGGCGCGUUAUUUAGAGCGAGAAGAGCCCGCGUUGGUGUUCGCAGUCGUGGGUGUGUUUCUCUUAACGCUCUUCGUCGCCGCGCUGUGUCGCGCGGCGAGCCACGGGGCGUUUCUCAUUAUGACGCGCGUACGCCAGUUUCUUCAAGCGCGAAACAUGUUGCGAUCGCGUCCGAGCAUCGAUCGCAUCCUAGCAGAACUCACCAUGAAGCGCGUGCAGACCCAUCGAGGCGUGACGCUGCACGCGUCGACGUGUUACGUCGAAGUCUUCUUCUAUCGUCUUGUGCGUUGGAUCCCUCCUUGGCGCGACUUGCGUCGCGCCGACAGUUGGUUCCACGCCCCGCGCAUCAUCGCGAUACACGAAUACCUCGACUUUUUCACCGGUGGGUACCUCAUGGUCGGCUUGCUCGCCUUCAUCGUGAGUAUGUACAACAAAAUUCAAGUUCAGGGAAUUCGCCGCGUCGCCGAAUUCGUCGGCCCGAGCUUUGCCUUCGUCUUCGCCGCCAACGGCUUAAAGGGCGCGCGGCUUCCCCUCUUCGCCGGUUCGCUCUACGCCUACGCCAAGCUUCACGAGUACACCAAGCUCAAGAGUCGCGCGCUGUUAAUGCGCAUAGGCCAACGCGUCUUAGAAGUUCAAUAG